AUGUUUAUGCUCCGCAACGUGAGCAAGUUCAUCUUCGGGGAUACCUCCAAAGAGUCCAUCAUCGAAAUUCCGCAGGGUCAGCUGUAUCUGGUCCGCCCCCUUUCUCCCAAGGGUUAUUCAGAACUCAUCUUCAAGGACGCCGCGGCAACUAUUCGACGAACUGGUCAGGAAUUCCAGUACCAGCUGGUGGUCCAGAGAGCCUACGAGGAAGGUGAAGAGGAACUGGCCGACGACGACGACGGAGAGGGCGGCAGUGACAGUUUGGACAAGGACGAGAAAGUCUUCCUUCUCGACCAGUCCUUGCAUUUCCGCUCAGAAGUCCGGGAAGGCGGUGCCAAGGUAUUGGCGUGGAGUGAUUUGAGUGGUGAUUUGGGCGACCUGUUCGAAUUUGUUUGCGAUCCAUCUGUGCCAUCCGAGAAAGUCGCCACCUUUGAGUUGGCUGCUGUUCAGUGCCAAUACGAGCGAAAAUACCGACAAAGCGCACAGAAGGCAACCGAACAAGAGUUGGAGCAGUUCUCGUUCCAGGAAGAGAAGCCGAUCCCAUCUGCGAGCCCCAUCGCGUCCCCGACAACCAAAUCCCGUGCGCCCUCCUUGACAGCUCAAGAGUCGACUGCUGCUAUGGCGAAGGACGUGGAAUACUCCCGGACCAAGGGGAUCGUCAAGCCUGCUGAGGAGAGCACCGUCGCUCCUCCCUCUGCGGCACAGCCCGAGGUCAAGGAGAUCCUGGCCCAGGAGACCGCUGAACUGCAUCUAUUCGACUUUACGACCGGCACAUUCGUCCAGCAAGAUCCAAAGAUUACAGCUACCGUGUCUGAAAUCGGCACCUGGCAAUAUUGGCUUCAGAUCAGUGGUCAAGAUAAGGAAUGGUUGGGACAAGCCGUCGUUGCGGAUCUCAACCCUGUGUUCAACUUUGAAUACCUCUCCUUCAUUUUUAACCACUACACCGAGGAUGGGUCAGCCUUCUCCUGGUUAUUGCGAUUCAGGGACCAGGAGACGGAGGAGCGGUUCCAGGAGGGUCUCAUGCAGGCCCUUUGGGAGCAGCUGAAUGAGAUGAAGUGGGUCAAGGUGAAGGAAGAUGACCGUGAUUACGUGUUGGAUGCUUUCCAAGACCUCACUAUGGAGGACCAAAACGAAGAACAGGAGCAGGCUGACGCGGAAGCUGAAGCGGAGGAAGAGGAGGAGGAAGAAGAGGAUCAGGCUGAUGGCCAGCGCAGUGAGCACUACGACUCGGACGAGGAGGAAGAGGAUGUAGUUACGCGCGAUGAUGAUGGGAACGUCAACUCUCAGCUGGCCGUUGGUUACAAGCAUGACCGAUCAUUUGUCGUCCGUGGCUCCAAGAUUGGUGUCUUCAAGCACACACCCAACAACAACUUGGAGUUCUCGACCAACAUCUCCAAGGUCGAGACACCAGGUGGCAAGCUGUUCAGCCCCAAGAAGGUUAUGCUGCAUGCGGAGGAUUCGAACAUGAUUCUCCAGAAUGAGAAUGACCCUAACUCCUUGUACCGUAUGGAUCUGGAGUAUGGUAAGGUUGUCGAUGAGUGGAAGGUGCAUGACGAUAUUCCCGUGAACAUCUUCGCACCGGAGAACAAAUUCUCGCAAAUGACUUCCGCCCAGACGUUCGUUGGUGCCUCCAACAACGCACUUUACCGCGUCGAUCCUCGUCUAUCCGGCAACAAGAUGGUGGAUUCCGACUUGAAGCAGUACGCUAGUAAGAACGACUUUUCCUCCAUGGCCACGACUGAAAAGGGAUACCUGGCUGUGGCUUCAAACAAGGGUGACAUUCGCCUAUUUGACCGUUUGGGUAUCAACGCGAAGACGCACAUUCCCGCACUUGGAGAACCGAUUAUCGGUACAGAUGUCUCUGCUGAUGGUCGCUGGGUCUUGGCUACUUGCCGUACAUACCUCCUCCUGGUCGACACACUGCAAAAAGAGGGCAAGAACGAAGGCAAGCUUGGUUUCGAGCGCGCGUUCCCUAAGGACUCGAAGCCUCAACCCCGACGACUAGGUCUUCAGCCCGCACAUGUCGCUCAGUUCCAGCACGAAACCAAGAAACCCCUCUCUUUCACACCCGCCAAGUUCAACACCGGUGUUGACUCGUCCGAGACAUCCAUCAUCACCGCGACCGGACCCUUCAUCAUCACCUGGAGCUUGAAGAAGGUCACCGCCGGUCGUAAGGACCCUUACACCAUUAAGCGCUACGCCGAAGACGUCAAGGCAGACAACUUCCGCUUCGGCUCCGACAAGAACGUCAUCGUUGCCCUCCCCAACGAAGUCAACAUGGUGGCCAAGAAGAGCUUCCAGAAGCCGACGAGGGAGAGUAUUGCCGGACCUCCUGUUACACCCAGCCGUCGUAACACCCGCUGGGGUAACCGGUUGGGACGGGAAGAUAUUGUCAAUUCUCCGUUUUAG